AUGGCUGAUUCAUCGUCAACGUCGUCAGAGGCGAAAAAUCCGAAUAUCCUUGAUGGAAAAUUGUUUAAGGUCAUUGCGGAAGAAGACAAGCACGUGAAGGCCAUCUGCCAGUCAUGGCUAAAGACUAUUUCAGGUGCUCCCGUGGUCACGCAGACCAAGUUCGACAGUUUAUUGACGGAUCUGAUUGUGAAAGGGAUGCUUCCUUUGACCUUCGUCGAGCAGCCGGAGUUUGUGGCCUUCGUCAAAGGUACUUGCCCAGCAACCCUUAAUGUCAUGUCGAGAAGAACUCUGGGUCGCAGAGUCGACUCUGACUACGAUGCCCAUCUCGAAAGAGUUAGGGCGGCACUUAAAAUGCCGCUGUACGUGUGUCUUACGGCCGAUGUGUGGUCAACGUCAACUAAGAGCUACCUGGGUGUGACAGCCCACUGGAUAUCGGAAGCGACACUAGAACGACAAUCCGCCGCACUUGCCUGUAGGAGAUUUGCUGGCACCCACUCCUACGACAGAGUCGCCGAGUUGCUCUCGGACGUUUGCACAGACUACUGCCUGCCUACAGGAAAGAUUACUGGCACGGUCACGGAUAACGCCACAAAUUUUGUGAAGGCAUUCAAGGAAUUUGGCGUAACGGCCUUCGACGAAGCGUGUGCUGCAGAUUCCGAGGAUUUCGAGCUCGUCACGUUUGAGGAGAUCGAGCCCCCAGGCCCGCUUUUGUCACAGCACCUGCGGUGCGCCUGUCACACGCUCAGUUUAAUCGCAACGGCGGACGUCAAGAAAGCUAUCAGCGCGAACCAUGCUUUGAACCGCCUCCAUUCCAGCGUCAUGAGCAAGUGCUCGAAAUACUGGGGCGCCUCAGGUCGGCCAAAAUCAGCGGAAGUCGUUACAUCUAUCCUUGGCAAGCAACUACCAGCCCCUUGCAUCACUCGCUGGAACUCUCUGCACCACGCCUUGGACGUCCUCACCCAGAACAAGGAGCAAUUACAAGACCUCUCGAACGCGCUGCAGCUACCCUCAUUGAAGUCCUCGGAGAUUGAGUUUAUUGAGGAAUAUUGUACCAUACUCAAGCCAAUUGCUACAGCGCUUGAUCGCCUGCAAGGAAGCAGCAACAGUGGUUACUACGGCGAGUUGCUUCCGGUGUUGUUCACGGUCCGAGCGAAGCUGGAACACGUUCGGGAAAAUUUACAAAGUCCGCACACGGAAAAGAUCGCACAGGCUGCCCUGGACAGUCUGGAGAGACGUUUCCAGAGGUGGUUGUGCCUGGGUGACAAGCCAGCCAUUAUCGCUUCUUGUAGUCACCCGUAUUUUAAGACCCGUUGGAUGCCACGCGAUGGACACACGCACGUCGAUCACAAUGCUGCAUGA